AAUUCAUGACAAUUGAGGAAACUCCAUCUGCCGAGAAAGGCCCAAACUGUCUGAAAGCUUCAGGGAAAACAAUCCCAGGUCAGGCAGAGAGCUGGUACCCAAAUGAGCUUCCAUUGCUGAAACGCAGGCCCACCUCACUCUGGUCUUCAAACCGAGGAGUCCCCCAGCGCUUCUGCAUCUCGCCAGUGUGAGGGUCAUCAGGCCUGAUGGGUGGAGGCUGCCAUGGGGGUCAUUACUGCGAUGCUUUGCUCAAAAAAUGUAUUGGUUGUCAAAUGCAAUGCAAGCAACCACAUAUCAUCCCCAAAUGCACUAGUUACUGUGAGUCUGCACAUUGCAAAGCCCUGCUCGGCCACUACUACGACGCACUGCUGAAGACAUGUGUGAGGUGCACUAAGAUUUGUGGCAGUCAUCCAGCAGAAUGCUCCCAGCACUGCCAGAAGGUAUCCUUCCCAUCUACCCCCCAAGCUCCGACACCUCACAUGACUACCAAAAAGCUCCUGGUUGAAGUUCCCUCACACGUGCCAAAUUCCAGAGGGACCUCAGGGCUGACAGCCCUGGAAGACUCCACUAUCCUGUUCUACUCCCUGCUGGCUCUGUGCAUGCUGCUGCUGUUCUCUAGCUUGUCUCUAGCAUCGGCAGUCUUACUAAGGAGAGCAAGGGCCAAAACCUCCAAACCAGGACCCAAGGAGGCUAACUACAACCUGGAGAGUGUGGUCCAGCAGGGCCAGGAGGUUGGUCGGCCUGGUCAGGGGUCCAAAGAUUUUGUACCAGAUUCAAACCGCACCAGAGACCGCGAGCCAUCAAAUGACUCCCUUCCUACUGAGACCUGCGUAUGCGUCCACUGCUUCCCUGAUCUGAAGGGUCUCGGCCAGGGCAACGACAGGCCACCGAGGGCCCCCUUCUCAUUCUACCAGCAGCCUGUCCUCCAUAGAGGGCCUGUCUGGGCUGAGGAGAACCUACACAACUCUGGACUGGAGGUGCUGGAGGAGGCGGAAGUCGGAUGAGGCUCAUUUAGCUGUCCCACGGGACUACUGGAAUGUCCAAAUGGGUCCCCAGGACAUAGAAGAUUGUAUUGUAGUGUAUUUGAUUUUUUUUUUAAUCAGACUGUAAGAUAACAUCACUCAUGCGAAACUGAAAAAAGGGUUGCACGCUCAUCUACAAACCCCAUCACCCUCUCAACAAGCAGCAACAGUGAGAAUUCAUCAGCAUGAAUAAGUAUCAUAAAAGCUUCUCUCAAGCAGAGGACAUCUUUUCAAUAGAAAUAUUUCAAAAUCUGUUGUCUGGUUAAUUUAUAUUCAAUGUGAAAAACACGUUUUACUCCCCAACGAAGGCAUGCAGAUGAAAUGAUUUUUGCGGUUAACCUACUGCAAUUUUGAACCUUGUUAGUGGUAUACAAUAGCAAUUUAUUUUUUCUCUAGCGUUUGAAGCUAAUCAGCUGUUAGCAUGUUAGCUUGUUGCUAGAGACACAUGUUCGAUUAGCAUGAAAACAUAUCCCAGAGAACGGUCGGUAACCCCUGCGACGGAAUUGUCCUUUAAAUAGUAGAACUGAAAAUGGGGCAAUGAGUUGACUUAUUAGUCCCAUUAAAUAUUAGUAAAUAAUGUACAUUUACAAAACAAAAUUAACCCUCAUGUUGUCCCCUUGAUUUCAAAGUUUCUACAUCAGAUAUUUAUUUGGCUUUCUUUCAAGCAAGUAAUAUUAAGAAUCUGGAAUUUUUAAUUACAUUUUAUCAAAUUUGAAAAAAAAAUGAAAUGGUUUCAAAACCGUAUCCUUACUUCAGUUGUAAUCAUAACAAUUUGUCAAAAUAAUUCAUACUUUCAGCUUUUACUAAAUCAAAAAUUAGGGAUAAUUUCAUCUAAAUAAGGGGUGUUGAUUAUGAAUUCCAAAAGGAAGUGUAAAACUGGUGUUAAAAAGUGGAUGUCAGUGGUGGAUCCGGUGGGAGUGGAAAAAAAAUGUGUCAAAAAAGGUUUAAUUUCUGCCUGAGAGGACAAGCUCCAUGGUUGACAGGAAGACAACACAAGAGUUAAAUGAUCAAAGGCAACAAAUAAGAAGCACACGCGUUAACAGAUAUAGAUUUUCUUUAUUUGAGUGUCUUUUUCUAUCAAUGUGUCCAGUUCUUGCAGCAGUUACGUGUGUGUGUGUGUGUGUGUGUGUGUGUGUGUGUGUGUGUGUGUGUGUGUGUGUGUGUGUGUGUGUGUGUGGGUAAUUAUCGACCGGGUCGAGUUCAUCGUUUCUUCUGAUUACGAACCCGUGGCCGGAUCCAGCGAUAAAGAAGAAGAAAAUCCACUCUGAGGUUUCACAAUGUGUCUCUUAACAUACAAACUGUACACAUAUACUUUACCAUACAUCAUCAACAUGUGGA